AUGGAUUUGUCUGCACCAGAUCAUGGAUCAUGUAGGAAGCACUCAAAUCACCAGCAAAAUCAAGGUGUUUGUCCUUGUUGUCUUAGAGAAAGAUUAUCCUAUCUUUCUUGUGUUCCACACAAAGAAGCUUCUUCACUGUAUUUUUGUGCUGCCGACUCAAACUUCGCCUCUCCGGUUCGACGUCGUAACUCCGACAAGCGAAACAUAUUCAGGGUGAUGGGAAUCAAGGGGAUGUCCUUGUCUUCUUCCGGGGUGAAGGUUGGUAAUGGUAAUGGUUUGAAGAAGAGUAGGUCAAUUGCUUUCGUACCAAGAAACUUGGAUGAAGAGGAAGAGGAUGUUGAAAAUGGGAAAAAGAGGAAAGGGUUUUGGUCAAAGUGGGUGCACUUCAAGGAGAAGAAAGAUGUUCUGAUGCAUUCAACAAGUAUGAGAUUAAUGAUUCCAGGAGUGAAUUAG